CGCAUGCGCGGUUAGUCAGUCAGGCCGGCGGGCGGGCGGGAGGACAUGUCUCGGAAGCAGCAGCAGCAGCAGCAGGCGGCGGCGGCCAAGCGGAGGGCCCUGGCGCAGGCCCGAGAGAGGAAGAACCGGCCCCCGGGAGGAGAAGGAGAAGGAGGCCUGGCCGCCCAGCUGCGCGCCCUCGGGCUCCGCCUCCGGGAAGUGCCGGGAGACGGGAACUGCCUCUUCCGUGCGCUGGGGGACCAGCUGGAGGGCCACUCCCAGAACCACCUGCGGCACCGCCAGGAGACCGUGGCCUACAUGCAGCAGCAGCGGGGAGACUUCGAGCCCUUCGUGGAGGACGACCUCCCCUUCGAGAAGCACCUGGCCAACCUGUCCCAGCCGGGCACUUUUGCCGGGAAUGACGCCAUCGUGGCCUUCGCCAAGAACAACCAGGUGAACGUGGUCAUCCACCAGCUCAACGCCCCCCUCUGGCAGAUCCGGGGAACGGACAAAGGCAACGCCCGGGAGCUGCACAUCGCAUACCGAUAUGGGGAGCAUUACGACAGCGUCCGGAAGAUCGACGACAAUGAGGAGGCCCCCGCCAGGCUGCAAACCGAGAUAUUCUGCAGGAAGGAGUCCGGCAAAAAGCAGGAAGUCCCAUGGAAGGAAGUGGAAGCGGCGGAACCGAACGAGGUGGAAGACGCCGUGCAGAAAGUCCGGAACGCCACCGGCUGCCUGGACUCCGAUUUAAUCCUUCAAAUCCUCGAAACGGAAGACUACAACAUCGAGUCGGCCAUCUUUGCCGUUUCCCAAGUGAACGAGGUGCAGAGGCUCCAACACGAGGAGGUGGCCCAGACGAACCGGCCGAAGCCAGGCCUUUGGGAGGAGAACGGCAGCGGAACCCGGAUCUUCGGAACCCGGGAGGCAGAGAACAACCGGAACCCAGCAGAAGGGGACCCAGGAAGGAAGCAGCAGAACACAAAGCUGUCCUGCAGACAACGGAAGGAGCAGCAGCGGCUGGAGAAGAAGCGUCGGCAGGAGGACCACCACCGGCAGAAAGCCAAGGACAACAACAAGGACAACAACAACCGGAAGAAGAAGGAGGAGAGCGAGGUCGAAGGCGACCCCGAGGUCACGCUGGUCAGGACCGUGGCCGCCCUCAACAUCUGACCCCCCCCAUCUCCGCCCAAGAAUCAAUGACGGCGGGAUCAAACUGUGUUAAUUUGGCAGUGUAGACGCAAGAGGUUUUGGGCUGAGUGUCGGAUUGAUGGCCAGGGUGGUUGCCAUAUAUAUGUGUGUGUGAUAUAUGUAUAUAUAUAUAUCAGCAGCAUCACUAUUAUCAUCUUUGUUUAUAUCCGGAUCACAACAGGACCAAGUCACAAUGCAUCCAUCAUCAGAAACUAAUCAUCAAUAAGCAAUAAUCACAAACCAAUAAAUAAAUA